AUGGCGGACGACGAGGCAGACGACACGAUGGAGUUUAAUCAAAGUUUUUCCGGAAAUGUAGCACAAAAAAAGAGAAAAAUUGGUCACAAAUGCUGCGCAGCCUCAAAGUGUAAUAAUAGAAGCGACAAUCGGCCCGACUUGUCCUUUCAUUCAUUCCCUAAGGAUGACGAAGUUCGAAAGAAAUGGGAUAUCGCCAUGAAGAGAGAUGACAAGGAGUUCAAACAUGUUAAUAGCAAAUUCUGCUGUUCUGCACACUUCAUGUCCUCCGACUUCAAGUUCAGCAUAACAGGACAUAAGAGAGAGAUAAAGAAAGGAUCUAUUCCUUCUGUUUUCGAGUGGAAAACAGCUGAGAUGUGCACCGAGCGAGGAGAACGAGUUGCUUCACGAAAUCAACAGACAGAGAGCAAAGCAAAAGACAGAUUAUUGAGGCAAUUCAAGGACAGUUUAGCUAUUGAUAAUCUUAUGCUUCCAAUUGAAGAAGAAGUUGUUUAUGGUCCUUUGACACUCGAAGAAUGUGUUAACAGUCUUCAAGAAGAGGUAAAAAAACUUGACAUUGCUAAAUUAUUGAAAGAAAAGGAGGCAAUUUCUAAGUUUGGUCUAGAACGAUUCCCAGGAAGCGAUGAAGAUAUUAAUUUUUAUACGGGGUUUCCAAACAGUGAGUCGCUCAUGAAACUUUGGGAACACAUUGAAAGCGAUUCAUCACAUCUCACUUAUUACAGUUAUGUGAGGGACAGAACAGAGCCAAACAGUGACAACUGCUUCCCUUACCUUAACAAAAAAAAACCAGGAAAUUUUCAAAUGAUGGUGUUGGAGCUAACCGUACCUUGA